GUUUUACUCAAGGCCUCUAGAUGUAGACCGUCGGAUUUAUUAUGCUUCUUCUCCCCUUGGAUCUCGUAGGGUUCUUGUAGUGAGCUACUCUGCUAAUCAGGGUUUUAGCGUCUCUAGCAUUUUCUUCUUUCUGCUCAUCCCCAAAAAAAUCCACACCGCCGUUCCUCUGUGCUUCGCCGAUUAAUUACUCCCAGAUGAGGCAGCUCAAGCCCCACGAGAAGAAGCUUGCGAAGAAAGUAAAUUUCUUAGAAUGGAAACGAGAAAGUGGGCAUCGGGAGAACUUGAUUACCUAUCGAUACCAUAUGGGCUCUCGUGACGAUUACAAAAAAUAUUCAGGACUGUGUAGGAUAGUGCAGAAACUGACGAGUAUAGUGAAACAGAUGGAUCCGGCUGAUCCUUUUCGGAUUCAGAUGACUGAUAUGCUUUUGGAGAAGCUAUAUAACAUGGGUGUUAUACCUACUAGGAAAAGCUUGGCUUUAACUGAUAAGUUAUCAGUUUCAUCCUUUUGUAGGCGUAGGCUGUCGACGGUGCUGGUUCACCUGAAGUUUGCAGAGCACCACAAAGAAGCUGUGACAUACAUAGAGCAAGGACACAUUCGUGUUGGCCCAGACACAAUUACUGAUCCAGCUUUCUUAGUAACUAGGAACAUGGAAGAUUUCAUCACCUGGGUUGAUUCAUCCAAGAUUAAACGAAAGGUGCUUCAGUACAAUGACAAAUUGGAUGAUUAUGACAUGAUUGCUUGACUCUGAGGAAGUGAAGCCAAGUAAGGUUCAGUGCUACUAUUGCUGCAGGGUUUGGGUUUUUGGUUUAUGUUUUUUAGAAUGUGGUUGAAUGUGCUACUAUGCCUUGGGUUUUUUUUUUUCUUUUGUAUGUUUACUUUCAAAAAAAAAUCCCAUUAUAUAUAUUUUUUCUCACUUUUCCA